AUGACAACUUUGCUUGCUUUACCAGAUGAGAUAAUAUUGGAAAUUUUAAAUAAUUUCAAUCAAUUAAUACUCCUAAAAUUACGAGCGGUGAAUAAAAGAUUAUACCGAUUAUGUAAUGAAAAGCUAUUCUCAUCGAUAUUUGUGAAUAAUGGAGGUGGUCCUAAGAUUUUAAUUAAUUAUGAUAUACCCACUACUACGUUUUAUCAAGAAUAUUUUAUUUUUAAUUAUUAUGAAAAAUUCAUUCAAUUCUGUCUUAAACCAUAUAUGAUUGAAUAUGUUAAAAAGUUGGUAUUUUUCAAUGAUGAUAUUGAUCCUAGAGCUAUUAGAAGUUUAAUUAAUAUGUAUCCAAAGAUGAGUAUAUUUAUAGAACGACAAUGUGGGAAAUAUCUACAAAUAAGAGAAUUUGAUAUUGGUAAUACGUUGAAUAAAUCAAUGAUCACUUCAUUUGCUAUAAAUGCAAAUUUUGAUCUGUGGGGAAAUAUCCUACCUGAAUUAUCAAGAUUGAAUACCUUACGAAUCAAUAAUGGAUCAACUGAAUUAUUCAAUCAAUUCCAAUAUAAGAACAUCUAUCUCGAUCAACUCAAAGAAUUUUCACUCGAAUUACGUGAAAAACAACCAUCAUCUACAAGUUUAUCCACUUCAAUGUCCAAAGUAUUCAAUCUAGCUGCCAUCCAGAAACUAGAACUCAAAUUCAUUUCCAAACCGCCCCUUGAAGCCGAUUUAGUCAAUCUCUUCACUCAAUUGUUCUCAUUGAAACAUAUAUCCAUAAUCAGUCAAAAUAUUCGAUUUGACGAACUCAUAAAACAAUUAAUCCCCAAUAGUUUGCAUUCGUUGUAUAUAAAUGUAAUUGGAGGCAAAAGUAAUAAUAAUUCAUUUGAACCAAUUAGGAUAUGGGAAAUUUCCAAAACUCAGUGUGAAUCACUUGUGAGACUUGGAUGGUCGAAUAUUAUUCAUAAUCGAAAACUGAAAUUAUAUGGCUUGUUAGAGUUUGAGAGAAUUUAUGAAAUGGGGGAUAAUGAUAUCGAGGAGGAUGAUUGUGAUAAUGAGAAGAUUGGAAAAGUAGAUAGGCUUUUGAGAGCGUAUGGAGCGUAUAGAAAUUUGAGACAGGUUGUUAUUGAUGAAGAUCAGUUUAUGAUUGAGAGAGAAAUGAGUGUUGGUGUUGAAAUUAGAAGUAUUAGAUAG